AGUGCACGCUGUGACUUGGCUGGCUCAAGAAACCGAAGAAGAAAGGAGGACUCUUUCUCCUUCUACUUCCUCCUCUUCCUCCUACUCCCGUUUCUGCUUUCUUCCAUGGUUCGAUUCGGCUGUCUCGUGUCAGAGAACCGAGCUGAAGAGCUGGAGGGGUUCUGAAGAUUCUGACGGACAGGAGUCUGAUCGAUGCUCAGGUGCACUGCGACGAGCUCGCCGUCGCUGUCGCUGUCGCCGGCGGCGAUGCAGUCGGGGGAGGUGAAAAUGCGGUUCGGGCGGUGCCCGUACUGCCGCGCCAUGGUCUACCAGAACCCCAAGGCCGUCAUCUUCUACUGCAGCAGAUGCCGCACUCCAAUCCGAGGCAAGAACCCGGAGCCGACGGACGAGACGGAGCAGGCGCUGAGCAGGCUGGAGAUCCUCUCCGCCGACUCCGCGUCGGUGUUCUCCGACGAGCCGGAGGACGUCGGGUCGGACAGGCGCGUCGUCGAUGAGGUCCGGCUGCCGUCGUCGAGGCGGACGAGGCGGCCGUCGAGCUCUUCGGACUGGACGUCGACCACGACGGAUUCGGAGCGAAGCGAGGAGGCGUUCUACACGCCAAGGAACGCGCAGGAUGGGCAGAGCUGGCAGUCGCCGUCGCCGUCGCCGAUGAGCUCGCAGGAGGUCGGGGGGUCUGGUGGUGGACGCCCCGAUGAGCCAGGCGCCACCGCGGCGGCGCGCCUGAUGGACCCGGCGUUCCACAAGGAGCUGCUCCACGCGCUGGACAACCUCCGAAGCCUGAUCAUCACCAUCGAGCAGCCGCGGCCGGCGAGCGGCGACGCCUCCGCCGUUAGGGCCGUGACGCGGCGCGACUCGCGGCUCUUCCGCCGGCUGGAGUCGCAGCUGGAGCGGGCGCUCCCGCUGGAGGAGACCGCCUCCACGUCGACGUCGUCCAGCGGCCGCGGCGGCGGCGGCGUCGAGCGUCCGGCGGCGCCCGCGCAGGAGGGCCGGGACCCCUGCCGCCCAGUCCUCGGCGGCGCGCCGUUCGUGAUCUGCGGAAAGUGCUCGGAGCUCCUGCGAACGCCGCCGCCGCCGCCGCGGAGGAGGAGAAGGACGAGGACGACGUGGCCCAGCAGGAUACGGUGCGGCGGGUGCCAAGAGGUGCUCGAGCUGUCCCUCCCCACCGGCGCCCCCGCGCAGCACCGGCCGAUCAGGACGUGCUCCGCACCGGGGCUGGUGUCCGACCACCACCUGCCACUGCCACGACGGCUCGAGUGAGGCGUAUAGAGCGCAGCUCCGUGGUGAUCAUGGUCGAUCGGGCGGCGCCGGCGGUGCACGACGAUGCAGUGCUGCCUGAUGACGCCGGUGCUGCGACGGCACCACCAUUGGUGUCGAGUUGAGAGGGCGAAAACCUCAACAUUCGUAGGAUUCUCGAAGGAAAAUUUUGAAGAACCAUUCUUGAAUGAAGGAUUCGUUCAUCUUCUUGCUAUUCUGCAUCGAUGUUUUUCCGAUGCUUGCACAAAGUUCUUAGCGAUUUGGCGAUAGCAGAGGAUCUCACGCUCUAGACAGAACUUAGGCUAUGCCACUGAUACACCAGUUUAAUCGUUGUAAGAUUUAUUGUUAUUCAUAUUGUCAAUUUCUACACUGUGUCAUUGAAUUUAUGAAUUGAUUUGUACGAUAUGUUGGGCUAAAUUACAAAAUAUGUUAAAGUAAGU